AUGGCGGCGCCCAGUUGGAGCAUUUCUGUCCAAAAUUUUGUUCGAGGAAUCGAUGACUCUACGGCGUCAGACAUCAGCCAAUUACUGUUGAAAAAUGAAGUUAAACUACUGGAGAUUGUGGAAGGAUUAGGGAAGUACCUCACUGACCCAGACACUGGUGUACGUUGUCGAGGAACGGGGCUGUUGGCUGACAUCUUACACAAUCUCACCCCAGACCUCCUACAAGACAAAGAAGUUGAGUUGCUGUCCGUGUAUCUGUGUGACAAGCUGUCCGAUCAUCAUUCCAUCCAACCACCUGCUCUCAACGGCCUCCUUGCUCUGAGCAACUGUAAUGCACUCCCAGAUGGGGUGGCAGAGAAAAUAUGUAGCCAGAUUUUCAAAGAAGUCCAGAACCAAACCCUGGCUCAGGAAGAUCGCCAUCAUGUGUACAUCCUGUUGUCCAACCUGCUGUACAAGAAGCUGACAGAGCUACAGAAGAUGGAGGGAAACUUUGUGUGUGGUUACAUCCAAGCGAUGGAUGCUGAGAGAGACCCACGGAAUCUCGUCAUAGCAUUCCAGCUGGCUCAGACCAUCACCAGGAACUUCCCUCUCGGUGUGUUUGUGGAAGAGAUGUUUGAGGUGACCUCCUGUUACUUCCCAAUAGACUUUAACCCGUCUGCGAAGGACCCAGGCGGUAUAACCCGAGCUGACCUGAUCACGGCACUCCGGGGCUGUUUGACAGCCUCACCCAAGUUCGGUCAAUACUGUCUGCCACUCCUCAUUGAGAAAAUCUCCUCCGACAUUCAGAGUGCCAAAAUUGAUUCUUUAGACACCCUUGCCGUGUGCUGUGAUGUGUACGGGACGGAGUGUCUCAACGAGUUCACAGGCACUCUUUUGUCAUGUAUCAGAAAGGAGGUGUUUUCUGGUGACUCUGAAGAACUGAUCACGGCAGCACUGUCUGCCCUUACAGCCAUAGUGAAAACAUUGUCUCAAGGAGUCACACAGAGGGUGUCCAGCACGUACCUGUCUGAGUUUCUGCAAGAUAUAUUCAAAGAGUGUAAGCGGUACUUGCUGGAGCCUGAUCUCCGCCUCAUCUCGCCCACGUGUCAGCUGCUUCAGUCUGUGGCGCGGGCAUCAGACCCCGCCUGCUGGACCGUGCUGAACACUGUCAUCCCAACACUGCUGGAGCAGUAUGCCACACACAACCAGAGCAAUCAAAGAAAGGUAAUCCUAGAUAAUCUGAAGGGUUUCCUGGAAGCCAGUGGAACAUUCACAUACACAGAUGAAGCACCCAGCCCAGUAAUGGAGUACAAGGCACCUGUAGUUGAAGUGUUGGCUGCAGCUGUUGAGGAUUCGUCCCCAUCGCUGAGGUUGUCAGCAGUGCAGAUGCAGAGGAUGCUGCUGUCCCUGUCGGGAGUGCUGGUUGGUGACGAGGUGGGGCAGUUGGGACAACAGGUGGUCAAACACCUCUUGUCUGACUCGGACACCAGUGUCAGAGAUCAAUGUGUCACUGCUCUUCAGGCCAUCACUUGUCUCAAUGUGGAAGUCAUGAAAAAUAUCAUCUUGCCCCAAAUAGUCUCACAUUUGCACAAUGAACCCAUGGAGACUAAUGCACCGUGUAGUUUUGAACCAACAAAGGAGUACCUUCUGACAACACUGACGUCGCUAGCCACACACAUCGGUGUCGUCGAGAUCGUUGCCAGGGAGAUCCUAGGCUUCCUCACUAGUCAGACAGACAACCUGUCUCUAGUGUCUGCCAAGUGUCUGAGUACACUGGCACAAGAACAUCGAUCCCACCAGGAGAUUGUGGCCUAUGUGUAUGAGACUCUGCUGCAGCAGGUGCUCUUGGUGCUGCUGAAAGGUUCAAGCAAUCACGGAGCAGACGGUCAGGGAGCAGACGGUUCAGUUGGAGAUAGUCGGGGAGAGUGUGGAGGAGUCAGCGAUGAGGUUGUGACAGAGCUUGCCAAAGUCUUUAGAUACACAGCUGUCUACCUUGACAGAAGGAAAGCAGAGGAGCUGAUGCAGACUGUGUGUGAACUGUUGGUCCGGGGCAACAUGGCCGUGGUACCAGGAGCAGACGUCAAGUUAGACAGCUUCAAACCUCUGCAGCACACCUCUCCCUCAAGUCAGACUCGGCUGGUGGCUGUACUCACGGCAGUGUUGUGCUCGUUACCCAGGGAGAUGCAGAUCCCGGAUGUGAUGCUGCUGCUUCAGUCCCUACUGCAGCUGAGUCGAAAAUCUUCACACAGCUUCACGCGGAACUCCGCAACCAAAUGUUGUGCUGGCCUGGUCAAUAAACUUCCAGCAGAUGACAGCCUUGAGUCUUUCAUAAAGGAGACCAAAGAGGUACUAACCGGUGACCUUGAACUCUCACCUCCCAAUCCAAGUCGUGAAAAAGCCCUGAUUAUUUGGAUUUGGCUUUCUAAGGCUCUUGUACUGCAAGGACAUGCUGAGGCCAACAUCUUCAUCCAGAAGCUGAUAUCUCUCCUGGACGAUCCUGACCUUGGUUUGUCCGCUGCUAACGGAUUCCUGACGAUUGUGUCUGAGCAUGAAGAUGUGAUGACCAGCGAGAUGUCGGCCAUUGUCCAGCUAUUCUACAGACAGAAGCUGUUUAUUCAGAAUGUAUCUGUGCUUACUGACAAGUUCCAGUCGGCUGGUAAAGAUGCGAAGCCCUGUUACCUGAUGGCCAUUUCCCACCUGCUGAGAUUCCUGCCGAAACAGGUGCUGCUUGCCGAGGUCAAGACUUUGAUGCCAAUAAUGAUGCAGUCCUUGUCAUGUGUGGAGACUGACCUCCUGACCUCAACCUUGACCAAGGUCACUGAGCUGACAAGUGAUGCCCCUGAAAUCAUCAGUAAAUAUAUCGACACCCUGGUGCCUCAGCUUCUCAAACUGACAACAACUUCAGCUUCAAUGAGAGUACGAAUAGCAGCUCUGCAAUGCCUCAACUGCCUAACAGUGCUACCUACUCAUGUGACCUUGACCCUCAAGUCAAAGGUCACAAAGUCACUGCAGAGUACAUUGGAUGACAAGAAGAGACUUGUUAGACGACAAGCUGUCGUCACACGAGGAAAUUGGUUUCUGAUUGGAGAACCAGGCAAAUGACCCACCAAUCAAACCAGUAGAGUGUAUCAAGAAUCACCUGAGCUUAUCCAAAAUUGGACAGAAGCACAUUGAUACCUGUGGAAUGGUGUAUGUGCAUGUGUACAUUAAUACAAGCUUGCAAGCAGCUCAGGAUGUUAUAUGAAUGAACAAUUAUCUUUACAUCCAUGUGGAGUCUGGUUGUAUCUGUGUUUGUUGUCAUUAUCAGCAGAUGAGACUUGAAGAAAACAUUGCUGCAGAUCCUGCCAGACCCCAAAAUUGAAAAAGAAUUCAUACUGUUUUCCUAAAGUGAACUUACAUGUUUGUCACAAGUGAAUUGUGUAUGCUGUAGAUUAUACUGCAAAGUAUAAAUGUCUUACUUCUGUGAAUAACACAAGACUGUUAUGUAGCACUACUGGUCAAAAGAUGUUUUAGGGUUUUUUUACUGAACGUGUUGAGAGUUAUUCCCCUUGGAAGCGCGAUGCUGGUGGUCUAGGAUACCAGUGUACUGAUUUGAUGCCUGAAGAAAUGAGGCAUUCCAGAAACAAAGAUGUUGUUUUAUUCCUUCUUUUUCACCUACACAGUUUUCACUGACUAUCUUAUUAUGGAUGACUAUCUUAUAAAUAUUUAAGUCUCUAAGUCAGUUUUCACUGACUAUCUUAUUUCAUUCAGUCAUUUAUGCAGAUACAGCACUUCUCAAAGUACUGAGAUCAAAAGGACAUCUCCAAAGAAGGCUGCAUCAGGUGAACCCAUCUGACUGCCUAUAGUAAAUGAGUGAGUGAGUGAGUUUAGUUUUACGCCGCACUCAGCAAUAUUCCAGCUACAUGGCGGCGGUCUGUAAAUAAUCGAGUCUGGACCAGACAAUCCAGUGAUCAACAGCAUGAGC